AUGCCGCCUAUCAAGCUCAAGCUGUCGUUAGGAGGCGCAACUCCCAAGGUCGAGGCUAUCGAGUCGCCGGCUCCGUCACGGACGAACAGCUACUCGAAUGAGGAGAACGGUGGCCCGGGUCCGUCAUCGCUCAAGCUCACGCUGUCGGUGCCGGGCUCUACGACACAGUCCGCCCCAGGCUCCGCAGCCGCUACGCCUGUCUCAACUCCCGGCUCUGGCCAGCCGCGAAAGCGACGCCCCACAAAGAGUCGCCCAAGCGCUAUCCCGCCUCACCUCUCCACAACUCCGAAGACGCCUGCGCUAGCGCUGUCCCCAUCGGCUGCCUCGACACCAGGCUCUGACUUUGACGUCAAGUUGGAGCACUUCGAUGACGAUGUCGACCCUCUUUCGCUGCCCUUGUCUCCGUCGGCCUCCACGCCGUACUAUGACAACUACGGUUCGCUGACACGCGAAGGCAGUGCAGAGACGCCAACUACCCGUGGCAAGUGGAAGCGCGUGCGUCGCCCGUUCAAGGAGCUCGCCGACAAGGUGUUGCAGGAGAUGAGGAGGAAAGACGAGGUAAGCUGCGGCGUUUGUUCCCGAGCUGACAAUCAGUAUGGCUUCUUCCUUGAGCCUGUCGAGACCGAGCACUACCCAGACUAUCUGGAUAUCAUCGGCGGAGAAGACAAGAUGAUGGACCUCGGCACGAUGCAGCAAAAGGUCGACGACGGGGAGUACAACGGCAUGGACGAGCUGGAGAAGAUGUACGACGCCGCUGUUACGUUCAACCUGCCCGGGACCGCCCCGUAUCGAGAAGCGAACAAGGUGUUCAAGCACGGCAUGAAGCACAUCGACCGAGCUCGGCCGCUCGUGCUAUCUCCAUCACCAUCGCCAGAGCGGCAAACGUCGGAGCUGCCAGAAUCACAGCGAAGCACGCCUCACCCCGGACGGACGAAGAAGCUGCAAGUGCAGCACUACAUCCCCACGGAAAUGCUGCCCUUCCCGCCAAACACGUUGCAAGCAGCCGCGGUCGGCUGGAACCUGACCGGAGGCAGGCGAGUGCGUGCAAAGCGCUUCGUCCGCGGCCGCGAAAAGUUCAACGGCCGGUGGCGAGGCUAUUGCUCGGACGGGAGCCGUGACGUGGCCGAGAUGGACGAUCCGCAAGAGAUCCUCGACAUCUGGCGGGAGAAGCGCGGCGAGGAGUGGAAGACUGUGCCCGAUUGGCGGUCCCUGUGCGAGAGCGAGACGAGGUGGUGGGAGUGGGACGGCCCUGGCGGACCUACUGGCCAGCCUCCACUACCCGGUGCACCACGCCUGCAGCGCGACCCGCUGCCGACGAAGGAGAUCGGCACGCUCGAUUUUGGUGACUACCCCGUGAUCGAGGAUGAGGUCGCAUGGUUGCGGCGUGCGCCAACUGGCGACCUUAUGCCUCUGGAACAGCAACUCCGACCCGACCUCCCCCGGCCGCAGCUUGUGAAGCCCGGCUGGCCGAUCCAGACGUUUGUCAAUGUUCACGACAACGGUCCGCCUGCCGUUGAGUAUCUCGAGAACUUGGCGCUCGGCAAUGUGCGCGGCGAGGCGUACGUGAAGAGCGUGCAGCGAUUCAUCGAUGGUGCGCUGAAGGGCGCCGAGGAGCGCUCUGCUGCAUGCGACGUAAGGGCUGAGGAGGGCGAGGCGACCGGCGUGGACCCGGAGGCUGCGCUGUGGGACUAUGCGUCCAACGAGUGGCACAACGGCGUGCUGCACUCGGACGUGAGCCGUACGGCGCAGCGGACAAUGAAGGCACUCAGCGAGCAAACGCCCGAGGCGGUCGAGAAGGCGCAGAACGCCUACGCCCGCAUCGCGCUCAGCAAGCUUACGUCGCCCAUGAACCCGCUCAACAUCCAGCCCCUGCUCCGCGAACCCGCCGACUUUAUGUACGUCGGCGUCGGCGGUAAGAGCGGCGUCAAGGAGUCACUCGAGUGGGUUGGUAAUGAGAUUGCACGGGUUAUCGAGGAGCGCAAGCCGAAGGUGGUCAAGGCCGAGCCGAAGACCGAGCCCAACGGCGACGUCAUCAUGGCCGAGCCGACCUUCAACAAACGUCCUGCCGAGGACGAGGAAGGAGGCGAUGUCAAGCGUGUCAAGGUGGAGGGUGUGCCGAACGGAGUGCCUGCCCCUGGCCCCGCUCCAGCAGCUGCUGCACCAGCUCCAACGCCGCCAGCUGCCAACCCACCUUCUGCUGUUCCAGGCCCCGCGGCCGCUUCUGGCCCUGCUGCUGCUCCGACACAUGUGCCUCCUGCCGCUGUCCCAGCCACGUCGACACCUGCGCCUGCGCCUGCUGCCCAGGCAACGCCGACCCAGACUGCCCCCGGUGCUUCCGCGCCGGCCGCGGCCCCAGUCGACGACGAAGACGGUCUCCGCAAGCUGCGCCUCGAGCUGGUCGCUCUUACCAAGUUCUACCCGCUCGCGUGCCUCCGCAAGAUGAGCAAGGAGGACGCGGCGCGCCUGCUUCCCGCCAACGUCCGUAACCUUAUGACGAUCAACCCGCCCCAAGUCCAGCCUCCGCCAUCGAUUCAUCCCUCAGUCCAGGCUCAGCCCCAGUUGCGAUCCCCACCACCCCAGUCUUACAAGCGAUCUCAACUCAUCAAGAGCCGCAUCGACACCCGUGACACAAUGCCGAGGCGCCGACGCCCCAACUCCAGAGCAAGAGCCGGGCCUGCAUCGACCGCGCCCAACUCUGGAUCGAACUCGACUGCAAGCAGCCCUCCUUCGGCCACCAGCUCGACAUUCCCCCAGAAUGCGGCGGGCAGUUCGUCACGAGUACAUGACACCAGGCUUCCGCGUGUUUCUGCGGGACCAGCUCGUCCCAUCCCUCGCAACAUCGCCCUUGCCACCGGCGGCGCCCCCGUCCGCCCGCCGCCCGGUCUUGAGGACCGUCCCGUUCGCCGCUCGCAAACCCUCACCGUUCCCCUCUCCACCCAUCAUUCGAACAGCAGCAGCGCCAGAGGAGAGCAAGACGGACUGGAAUGGAGCCACCUUCUCCCUUCUGUCCAGCGUCUCGACCCGACUUUGGACGACGCCGUGCCCUCGACUUCCACCGCACCCAGUAUCGGCGUCAUAGGGGACCGGCGUGGUUCAGCGCCCGAGUUCGGCCAACGUCGUGGUCUCCCGAGUGCAAUGACGACACUUGCGCCACUGGCUGCCAUGGCCCAGAGACGUGCCUCUGUGCCUACCUCGUCGGGAGGAGGAGUGCACAUCCUCACCCCGCGCGACCCUCUGCCGCUCGAUGUGCCGAUUCCAGUUCUGGUCCCCCGAUGCGUGGACUACAGAUAUCCUGAUCGACCAGUCGAGCCGACCGAGGAGGAACAACUGGUGCCGAGGCGGCCACCUAUGACUAGGGCUGUCACUGUGCCAACGGUUCAGCUUACGGCACCUCAGACUGCUCCCCUUCAGCAGCCCGUGGACUGGGUGGAAGGAUACCAUGAGGGAAGGAGGGACAUUCAGCGCUCGCAUUCUCUCGCAGAGUUGGAAUCGGGGUGGACCAGGGGUAGUGGAAGCUCGAGGCAGGCGGUCACAUAUCCCGUUACCAAUGGCGACUAUGACUACGGUGGUACAGGAAGCAGUGGGGGCGCUGACUAUGGAAGCCGGGGAGGGACAGGGGAGUACCUUGGUGUGCAGGGUGGAUGGGGCCGCGGACAACGCGGACUGCAGCGGAGCAUGUCUGAGGUCUUGGUGAGGGACGAGUUUGACCACAUCGAGGAGGAAAGAGAGGAGCGGAGGGAGGACAGAGCCCUAUUCCGCAUGAACGAGCAGGGGAUCUGGUACAUGGACCGCGGUGGGGGGUCGUGA